UUAAAACAAUGGUUAAUUGUAACUUCACGUGUAUAUGUUAGAGUAAAAUGAGAUUUAGGUUUAGUCGUUUAUCUAGCUUUAUCCAUAACAUAUACACUACAUACCUACAUAUUACCGUUUUCAUCGUUUUUACUUUGAAAAUUCUUGUGUUUCUAUACCUAUAUUGAGGGCGCUUUCAUUAUAGGGAAUAGUUUUUUGUGCCGAAAGAGUUUAUUGAAUUGGGUGAUUUUCUCAUCAAUAAAUUUGAGAAAUUUUAAACUUUUGGGUUGGUUUGGGUACACUACUGUUUUAAAUUCAGGCUUGCAAAAAAGCAAUGAAGAAAGCAAUUCUUGCAGUACUCUACUACCCAAUAAAAAUUAAAAAAAAUAAAAUGCCAGAAAAACUUAUUAUUAUAGAUUGAUUAUGACUAGGUUCAAAGAAACGUCUAUUAUUCUGACGCACAACUUGCCUAAUUGAAUAUUCCACAGUUAAAUACUCUAAAAAAUGGAUCCUUCACGACGCAGCGUCUCAGUCAACUUCGAAGAAUUCGUCGAAGGAAAAUUCACCGAAGCGCGAGUGCUCGCCAUAAAGGAAAUAUUCAAAAAAUACAAAAUCAAAACGAAAAAAAGCAAAGACUCUGUAGAACCGGAUCGGAUGCACACCGCCGAUCUGGGCUCGCUAAUGAGACAAUUGAAUUUCAACCCUUUGAAAGCUGAAAUAGAGGCGAUGAUGAACGACAUUGAUCCGUUCAAAGAGGGAACCAUCACUUUUUAUCAGUUCCUGUAUGUGCUAUGGCACAAAACGCAGACUGGAGAGGAGGAUGACAUUUUAAAAGCUUUUAAGAUAUUCGACGUUAAAGGCAAGGGCACGGUUUCGCUAGAGACCUUAAAGAAAUUAUUGAUGAAAGUGGGCGAACCGUUUAAUGAAGAAGAAAUGGAAUCGUUCGCUGCAAGAGCAGACUUAAGAGGUAACGGUGUAAUUCAUUACGAAGAUUUCAUAAACAGAAUGUCGAUGGAGGACUACGACGAAACAGCUGCUAAUAUUCAAUUGGACGAGGAAUCCGAAGAAGAAGAAAAAGAAGAAAACGUUGAAGAAGGAGGCUAAUUUUUACUGAAAUCUAAUUAGAGUUCCCUAUUAUUUUUUAUUUAUCUUUAUUAUAUCCUUCAGCGAACAUUUUUUUUGGUGUUGUUCUCUAUCUGGAUCUUUUGCCUCCUAGCUUUUUAGAAUUCUCUAUUUAAUUACCUGAUUCAAAAACAAAUAACAUUUGUUUUAUCUCAUUUCGAC